AUGUCCCCGUUGUACGCGCCCCUAGCUGCCGGUGCCGAGGACGACGACCUGAUCCGCACGUUGCUCCCGAAGGAGGUGACCGUGUCCAACGUUGUCACGAGGGCGGUCGGCACCGGGCACCACAUGCUCAAGGUGGAGGGCUACUCGCAGCUCAAGCACACGUGCGGCGAUAACGGCAGCCCCCUCCUGUCCGGCAAGUUCAGGGCUGACGGCCACACCUGGAAGAUUUGCUGCUACCUGGACGGGGCGCACAAGGAGGACGCCAGCUUCGUCUCGCUGUACCUAUCCCUCACUGACCCCAGGACGAGCGCCGCCGUCCAUGCCGAGGUCGAGUUCGAGCUGGUCGACCAAUGGCCGCUGCUGCCGCUCUGGUGCCGGCACCGGAAGCGCUUGCAGGUUUCCCCCUUCCAGCCGGGCAAGUCCUGGGGCUUCCCUAGGUUCAUCGGCGCCGGUGCCCUCGAAGGCGGCGGCUCCAGGUUCCUGAAGGGCGACUGCUUCGCCGUCUGGUGCAAGGUCAUUGUCGUCGAGGAGCAGGGCGCCAUGGAGGAGGAGGUGCAGGCAGAGGACAUGGAGAGGAUGGGUGUGGUGUGCCUGUGCAAGGAUGGCUCGUGCAGCAAGCUCCACUGCGCGAGGCCGGCCCAGACCUUCACGGAGGCGUUUGAUAGCUUCUGUCUUUCCAUCUGUGGAUAA